GACCGCAAAGUCAUUAAACUACGGCCGGGUGAGCACGGAACUAAACAACACACACAAAAUACACAUAAGAAUGAAAUUCUAAGAAAUGUAAAUAAGCCUGGAAUGGUGCCAACAAUGUCUCAGACAACGGCGAGCACCUGGCCGCGUCAUUGGGCCCCCCAGGGUGUCACCAGAAGACGGCUGAGCCGAAUAGGUGCUGGAGGGCGGGUGCGUCUGAAUGGAACAUACCUUCUUGGAGUUAUGUCCCUUGGCACCUGGGUAACUCUGAAACAGAGUUAGGUCAGUUGAACCACGAGAAACUCCCUCGAAGUUUCCUUGUCCCAAUAACAUGGAGACUUACCCCUCUGACCCUGAAAGCCCCCAUCUACUGACCACCCACGGGGAGGACAACACCAUGGUCGAAAACUUGCUGACCAACACCUCUGCUAAUAAGGCCCACACCCCCCACAUUGCCGAGUGCACUUGGAGGAAACCCACCCCGAGCUCCCUGCUCUUUGACUCCCAUGUGGCAGACCUCGAACCCCUGUGCCUGCAAGCCGGGCCAAAGGUUGGAAAAGGCUGCCCCCCCACUGGCCCCCCCAGAUUUGCUCCCUGGCCCAUUCUGUCAACCUUCAGGCCCAACCUUGAAGAGGAAAAUGACGUGGCUGUAACCCCUACCACCCCGGAGCCCCCAGCCAUUGCCGACGUCCAAAGCCUACCCCUAAACUCCCCCCUUCAUCCAAAAGAUGGCCUAGAAUCUUAUAACUACAUAGACCUUGAGGGAGAACUCGAAAACUUCAGAGCCCACGGUGACCACCUCCAGAAAUGGCAAUCCGACCCCGGUGCGAUCCUAGUGCUCCCCCUAGACGCCCACUAUAACUCUGGAAAGUUCCAUUCCAUCUGUAAUGAUCUCACAACCUUCCUAAAAACCCAGACCCUAUGCGUCAUUCCCCCUGUCGCCAACAAAGAAGGUCAAAGUGCCCCCUGGGGCUUCUUUGUUGGUGGUCUCCACCCGAUGCAAGCCCACCUCCUUGUCACAAAACACCUCUGGCUCUCUCGUGCCAUUGGCUUUAUAGCCAUCAACCUCUUGACCUAUAGCCCAACCAGCUAUGUGGUCACCAUCCAUAACAUUGGAGCCAAUCUUGACGAAGCAGACCAAGUCCAAGAAGCUAUCACGGCCCAGAUUGCUAACCCAGACUCUGAAUUCCAUACCUUCUUCAAGAAAUACAACAUCCCCGAACAUGAAAUCAAGGCCAUCAUAGAUAAAUGUGUAGCUAUCCCCAGGGGAUAUGAAGCUGCCACCUGUACUAAUUGGGAAAACCCCUCUGCGAAAAGAAACCCGACCUCGAACUCGCAGAUCAAAGUAUGGGAAAUCCACAUCCCCUCCCCCUUCUUCUCAGUCCCAGACCUCGCACCAGGUGUCCUUGCUUCCCCCCAUGAUUUAUGGCUCGGUCUCUUCAGGACAACCACCUUCCCUCACGACUGGAUGGGCGAAGGUAGUGCCAUUCAAGGAAACAUCAUGUGCCAUACAUGUAAAGGCAUAGACCACAGCUUCUGGCUUUGCCCUAUCCAUGACCACGCCUCCUGGCACGAGCUCAACCCCCAGACAGAAAAAACGGAAAAUGCCGAAACACCACACACCGCACACAGAGGCCCUCCCAACAGGAAAGAGAAUAUGUUCAGACCCAGAGGUGGCCGAGGUAAUUCCAAAAAACCCUAAAUACCUCCCACCCUCUGUAGAACCGUGCCAGAAAUUAGUUAAAAAAUUAUAAAUCUAAUGCCUC